UCAAGCACACACACACCUCUGCAAGAAUGCUCCUUCAGAUGCUGUUGGCUGUGGCUGUGGUAGGGGUGACCAUGGCAUACCCGGGAGGCUACGACCCAGUAUACCCCUCGGAACCUCUGCCCUACCAGUUCGACUACGCGGUCCACGACGACUACAAGGGCACCAACUUCGGCCAAAAGGAGAAGUCUGACGGUAAAAAUGUGCACGGCUCCUACACCGUCGACCUCCCCGACGGUCGCAGACAGACGGUGGACUACACAGCCGACCACUACAAGGGCUUUGUUGCUAAAGUUAGCUACGAAGGUCAGGCCAAACACCCAGCUCAGUAUGGGCCUCCAAUCACCUUCCAGCACGGAGGUGAAGGCUACCACUAAGCGCACACUGGGGGGCUACCGCUAGAUACGGGGGCUACCAGAGAAGGGGUCCAGGACUAUCUUCGAGGACUACAAACUAACAUUUGAGAGUCUAUACCGGUAAACAUCCACACUACCAAUCACGGAGCUAAAUCACCCUCGAACAUGCUACUACUUCAGCAUUUAGUAAUAAUGUUAACAUUCAUGUUUACAAUUGAAUUUUUAGAUGAAAUAAAAUUCCAGUCAUAAAAUUUAUGCAUGUCUGGACGUCUCAUUUAAAAACCUGAGCAAGAUCAAGAUUUCAACAACGGCUAUGUACACCACGAGGUGAAGUGUACCACGCUUGUCGGUGUACCACACUUGUCGGUGUACCACGCUUGUCGGUGUACCACGCUUGUCGGUGUACCACGCUUGUCGGUGUACCACGCUUGUCGGUGUACCACGCUUGUCGGUGUACCGCGCUUGUCGGUGUACCGCGCUUGUCGGUGUACCGCGCUUGUCGGUGUACCGCGCUUGUCGGUGUACCGCGCUUGUCGGUGUACCAACACAGAGUUUACUG